AGCUCCGGAGCCGCAGCUCGGGGUGGGAAGGCGGGAAGGGCGAAGUGGCAAUGGGGAAGGUGGGGUUGCUUUUCCGGCGGGCGGCUCUGCUCUGCUGCUUCUGGUGGCUCUCGGCCGCUUCGGCUCUACGGUUCUCGAAGAAGGGGGAAUUCAAGAUCUUGCAAGUGGCUGAUAUGCACUACGCGGACGGGAAGACGACGGCGUGCUUGGACGUGCUGCCGGAGCAGGUCGCCGGAUGCUCCGACCUCAACACCACCGCCUUCAUCCAGCGGAUGAUCCGAGCCGAGAAGCCCGACCUCAUCGUCUUCACUGGAGAUAACAUCUAUGGCUUCGACACAACCGAACCAAGAAAAUCUAUGGACGCUGCGUUUGCACCAGCAAUUGCAGCAGGAAUACCAUGGGCAGCUGUAUUGGGUAACCACGAUCAGGAAUCGACGUUGACGAGGGGAGGAGUGAUGAAGCACAUAGUGACCAUGAAGCAUACGCUUUCGCUUCUCAAUCCACCUGAAGAACACCAUAUCGAUGGGUUUGGUAACUACAAUCUGGAGGUUCUAGGGGCUGGUGGUUCAAAACUCCAAAGCAAGUCGGUCCUGAAUCUCUAUUUCCUGGAUAGUGGGGAUUACUCCACUGUUCCGUUGAUUCCUGGGUAUGGUUGGAUCAAACCAUCUCAGCAAGUUUGGUUCCAGAGUGCAUCCUCCAAGCUGCAGAAGAACUACACAAGUGCUCCAGAAGCUCAGUCAGAACCAGCACCAGGCUUGGUUUAUUUUCAUAUCCCACUGCCAGAAUAUGCUCAAUUUGAUUCCUCCAACUUCACAGGCGUAAAGCAAGAAGGGAUCAGUUCUCCCACAAUAAACUCUGGCUUCUUUACAACCAUGGUCGGAGCAGGGGACGUGAAGGCAGUUUUCACAGGGCAUGAUCAUUUGAACGAUUUCUGCGGUAAACUCUCGGAAAUCAACUUAUGCUAUGCAGGUGGGUUUGGUUACCACGCUUAUGGGAAAGCAGGGUGGUCUAGGAGAACAAGAGUAGUACUUGCUUCCCUGGAGAAAGACAAGCAUAACGCUACUUGGGGUGGAGUUAAAUCGAUCAGAACUUGGAAACGUUUAGAUGACAUGCAUCUAUCCAAGAUUGACAAACAAAUGCUGUGGGAGAAAGUUCCUUCUGGGCGGCGCAGGAAGAGAAUAACUACUAGCAAAGUUUGAUGGGCAAAGCAGUAGAAGGAUAAUGAAGUGCAUGAUUGCAUGGAGCCUAGAAAAGGAAUAAAAGGAACGAAGGAAGAAGGGACUCCAAAAUGCAACCUCGAGAUAGCAUCAAGGCCUUAAUUUUCCAAAUUUCUCUCCUUUGAUUUCAUGGUGUGUAUUGGAAAAUGUGUAAUAUGGUAUUGGUAACUGUAUUAUGCAGAGUUUCGAAUCUUUAUUGGUCAUUGAACGGUCAUGCUGGGUAAUUUUGACAUGAAAACUAAUAUCUAAUUAGUUUAA